AUGGGCAGGGACCCUGCCAGGGACGUUGGCGCCACCAGGGGCUCUCCCAGGAUUAGCAGCACUCUCAAGAGCCCUACCAGGGCCGGUGGCGCUCCCAGGGCCCCUUCCAGGGGCCCUCCCACAGACGAAAGCUCCCCCAAAGGCCCACUCAGGGAUUCGGGCACCCACAGGAGCCCUCCAAUGGGCGCUGGGACCCGCAGGGUCUCUCCCAGGGACAGAGGCACUCCCAGAGGCCAUCCAAGGGAAGAAGGCGCUACCAGGGGCCAUACCAGGGGCGGCGGAGCCCCCAGGGACCUUCCUAGUGACGGCAGCGCUCCCGGGUACCCUCCCAAGGGCGACCUCGGCAACAGGGGCCCUCCAGAGGACGGCAGUUUCUCCAGGGCCCCUACAAAAAGCGGCGGGGCCCCCAACGACCAACCCAGGGGCGACGGUGCACCUAGGGACCCUCCCUGGGACGGUGGCGCCACCAUGGACCCUUCCAGGAGCAGCGACGUCCCCAGGGACCCUACCAAGUGCCCCCAUGGGAUCAUCGCAUGCUUGCACAAAAACUACUGCACCCAGGGGCCCUACUGCUCUGGUGCUCCCAUUAGCCCUCCCAGGGCAGACGGGGAUCCUAGGGACUAUCCCAAGGGCGGCGGCAGCAAUUGGGUCCCUGCCAGGGACAGUGGUGUCCUCAGGGACCAUUCCAGGGGCGGUAGCUCCCCCAGAGACCAUCCGAGGGGCUUAGAGGCCACCAGCGACCAACCCAGUACCGACGGUUCACCUAGGGACCCUCCCUGGAACGGUAGCGCCCCCAUGGACCCUUCCAGGAGCAGCGACUUCCCCAUGGACCCUACCAAGUGUCCCCAGGGGAUCAUCGCAUGCUUGGGGCCCUACUGCUCAGUCAUUCCCAGAGGCCCUUCUAUUGGCGACGGUGACCCUUGGGACCCUGACAAGGGCGGUGGUGCCCCCAGGGACCAUCCCAGGGCGGUGGGGCCCAUAGGGACACAUCCCAUGAACUCGCUCUGGGACAGCGGGGAUCCCAAGGGUCGUAACAGGAAAGGCGUUGCUCUCAGGGUCCCCCUCAUGGGCGGUGGUGCUCCCAGAAGCAAUGCCAGGGACAGUGCCGCCACCAGGGCCUCUCCCCAUGCCAGCAGCACUCCCAGGGGACCUGCCAGGGGCACUGGCGCUCUCCCAGGAGCCUUCCCAUGGACACCCGAUCACCAGGGGCUGUCACAGUGA